CACACAUAUGCAGAUGAAGUGGAUCAUGAGGCUCUGAAAACACACGCCCACAACAGCAGCAUCACUGCGCCGCACCACAGAGAGCAACCAGAGAGGAGCCAAAGAGAGCCAGCGAGAAGCAUGCCGGGGGAGAGCACGCACAGAUCUGUCCCAACCGACAAGCAUCCUGAGCAGGGAGCUGAGGAGACAGGGCUCCCUGGACCAGAUAUGACGAGACACCCAUCCACUGACUCCACCCCUAGUGACAGUGGCUCCUCCCCCAGUGACAGUGGUUCCAGCCCUUCUCCUAGUACUCCUCAGAAGCUACUCCCAGCAUGCACCUCUCCAUUUGGACCACGCCUAUUUCAUGCAACACCCAGCUCCUCUGGUACUCCAAGACCUCAACCUGAAGGCUCUGACCACCGCUUCAACACACCCAGAUUGUCUGGAAAGUUAGGUGGUCAUGGACCAUGUGGCCGCCAUGUCCCUGUUAAAAUGGAGAGAAUCAAGGUCCUGACUGGUUCUGAGGUAGAAAGCGACUAUCAAGAGUCACAGACCAUGGACACAAGAGUGGUGAUGGGUCAAGAGACACUGCUUAAAACAACAGAAAUUCAGCAAAAGAGACUUCUGCUUGAGCCAAAAAAACUGGCUAUCCCCUUGCCAGCUGGUCCAAACUUUCCAGAACCACAUUCACAAGCAAAAGAGACCCAACUGGAACUCAACAAAGAGGAUAGCAAAGCUCAAAAGCCUCAAAAGCAGCAGGAGCAGCAAAAAGAGCCCCAAACCUUACCCUCCUCCUCUUUUCACAGCCCCCUAUGCCCCUCCUCAACCCCCCUGGAGCCCGCCGCAACUGACACUAAUUUGGUUGAAAACCAGGAGGAGGGUGCAAACCCCUCUCAAGACGAAGUGCCUUCCCACUCUUUUUCUGAGCUGGUCUGUCCAGUUGCUUUGUCCUUCACUGAGCCAGCCUAUGCUGUUGACCCACUACGAGUGGGUGUGCCCUCAUCUCUUGACCCUGACUUGUACUAUACCGCACCUUCAACCCCAAUCAAGAUGGCUUCCCGCACCUCACACCUUAAACAUCAUUCAUACCCUGGUUCUCCAGUCUCCCCACUCUCCCCUGGCUCUCCCUCAGACAGCGAGGAUCUCUGUUCUCCCCUCACCUCACCUUCUGGUUCAUAUAUCACUGCAGAGGGUGGCAGCUGGGCCUCCUCUUACACCUCGUCCACAUCCCCCUCCACCUCGCCCAAUCUGCUCCUCACUGAAGAAACACAGGAGGCCCCUGCUUGCUUUGUGGGCUCCCUAUCAGAGAUUGGAGAUGAAGUUGGGGAGGAAAAAGGACGAGUUGGUCCUGAACGGGAGGAGGAAAGAACAGGCGACUUCUGCCUUUACCAUCCUCCUGAUUUUGUCAUGAAUUCAAGGAUGGGUAUUACAGGAACAGUGAUCCUUGAGGAGGAAGAAUCUCUAAAGGGUGAGGAGAUCAAGAUAGCUAGAGAAAGUUGUCGUCCUUGCUGGGUGACUGAGGAUGCAUCACCUCUAAGAAGCAGCAGCAGCCGUAGCAGUGAUUCACAGGAGGAUGGAGGAGAAUCAGAAAGCUCACUCUGCCCAAUGGAAGAGACUAAUUCAGGGAGAGCAGAGUUCUUGAGACCCUUGCAGACAGGCCUUAAACUGCAGCUGGAAACAUGUAUGUCAGAAGAACAUUAUGGACAGAUGGAUGACCACCCUGAAGGAUCCUCCACUGCCUUGACUCCCGACACAGAGAGCUUGACCAUGACCUCAUCUAACCUUAGUCCUGACUCACCUGUCAUCCCCCUGGAUGCCUUCUGUCCUGGAGCCUUUGGAAGGCUCGGCCCCAAUUCUUUCAUGCUCUCCCAGGCAGCCUGUACUGAAGAUAUACCAGAUGAGGAGAGGAUGAUCCCUGCCUCCCUCAUCUCCUUUCCACUCCACACCAGUCUUAUCUUCAAAGCUGAUUCAAUGGAAAUCACCCUCUUCCCCACAGAGGACGAGAAUGAAAUCGAAGAAGUUAAUGACGGAAAUGAAGGAAGGGAUGUUAAUGCAUAUGCAGCAGGGGAGGAGGAAGCAGAUGUUGAAGAUGAUGAUGACGAUGAAGAAGAUGAUGAUGAUGACUAUGAUUAUGAUGACAAUGGUGGUAGCCAUGCUAAUGGUGCUGCUGAGGGGGAUGUUGAAAACAAUGAAGAUGAUGAGAAUGACGAGCAUGAUGAUGCAGACAAGGAAGCUAAGGUAGAGGUAGAAGUGGUUGAAGAGGAAGUGAAGGUGAAAGAAGAGGAGGGAGAAGAGGAUGAGGAGGAGUGUGAUAGCAAAGCAGUGGGGGAUAAUUCAGACGAGGAUAGCUCAGCAUCCUUCCUUCACUCACUGUCAGAGACUUCAAUUAAUGAAGGGUUGGACGAGGCCUUCUGUUUCCAGGAUGAUACAGAUGACUCACUAGAUUCUGCCUCCUAUAACGGAGAGGAAGACGAACGCCUAUACAGUACUGAGAGGCAUGCACAAUUACCAGAACCCACACCAAUGGAUGAUGCACUUGAUCAAGCUGAAGUCCAGCCAGAACGUGCACAGGAGUCUGCAAGUGGAGCAAAUCAAACUGAACCUUUGAACAUGCAGCAUAGCUUGGAACAAAGUGAAGAUCAUGCUGAGGAGACCCGUUUAUCUGAGGCUACUUCAGUGCACAAAACAGACAAGAAUAAAGAGCCUAAACCUCUGGAUGAGCAUAAACCCUCUCAAACUAAGUCAGACCCACAACUGGAAUCUCUCGGUGGAAUAGAUCAGACGACAUCUUUGUACUCACCAUUGAGCAAAUGCAAAUCAAUGAAUCAACAAAAGCUGUCUAGUCAUGCAGAAGCAACAUCCUAUCGACCAGAUUGCUCAAGCGAUCUGGACAAUAGGAGUGAAAGUGAUUUGAUAAAAAUCCCUGGUUCUUCCAACCCUAUUCAACAGCUUCAUCGCCCAACAGCACCUGUCAUUCGCACUCUACCUGAACAUGCUGCUGAGUUCCGCAUCAUCCCGCCUAUUGCUACUUUCUCACAGGAGACUACAGACAUUGACAGAUCAGUUCCUUUGGUAGAAAUGGCUGAAGAAAGUUCCCAGAAGACAGAUGCUGAUUCAAAACAGGGCGGUGAUCAUUCAGAGGAGCAAUCCAAAGAGGAACUAGAAAGAGACUCUUUUAAAUUGCUCAUCAAGCCCCGUCAUAAUCAGGUAGAGAGCCAAAAGACUGUUGGAGCAAGUAGACUUCUACUAUCAAAGUCAUUCGCCAAUAAAUCUGAUGGGCCUGAAGGUGCAGAGGCCAGGUAUAGGUCCAGUAAUCAGAGGAAGUCAGACAUCGAGCUUGACCAAAAGAAUGGAAAUGCCACAGCAGAGUUUUUGAGUGUGGAGUGUAUGAGCAGCGAUUGUGGUCCCUCAACGGAUGUGACCACUGCAACCAAUGACUUGAAUAAAGGUGUCCUUCUUUUCCCCUGCCCUAGUCCCAACCCUAGUCCCAACCCCAGCAAUAUCCCUUUAUCUGCCUCUCCAGAGAUUUUCCCAGAACUUGCUGACAAUCUGGCCCUGACCCCCGAACACUGCCCUGGUGACUCUGCCCAGGAGAACCUGAGGGAAAACACCCUGAGUACUGAUGAUGGUGCACUGGGGGCUGUUGGAUCCCCACAUUCUCCGCUUGCCAUCUCCCCCAAGAGGGAAAACUCAGAAACAGACACAAAAAGGGAGAUGGGUUAUGGAGCUGCAGCUUGGUGUGACAACAGGAUGGGGAUGGGUCUCCAUCUUGGAUUAGGGUCAGGAGCAGAGUUUGGUGUCUGGGGAGCAGGGGAGUCCCUCUCCUUGUCAUUGGGGAAGCGGUAUGAGUUAGAAGCGGAGAGUUUGCUCAUGUGUGAUGCAGAAGGUCAAAGCACACAGACGGCAGUGGCCUCUACCGCGAGCAGCGAAGCAUGCCAGAAUAAUAACGGUGUUCUGGGCUCUGUUCUGGAUGAGGAGGAUAACAACAGUCUGUGUGGGGAGAGGGACACAAUGGCAGAUGAAGAAUUGGUAGAGCAGGGAACUUCUGAGUCCAACUUGGCACAUUGGAAGUCCAUUGAGGAGAUCUCAGAAGCAGGCGGAGGAGAAGAUGGAAGCUCCAGAUUCCCAGAGGAUGAUGUCAGUAAUCUCAACCCAGAACAAGAUGGAGAUAACACAGACACACAAAUACAAGACACUUGGAAGAAUUCCAACAAUACUGAGGAGUCUGCCUUUGACUCCUUGGAGGUUGCCAUGUGUGGAAGUUUGAAUGCUCUGUCAGAAGAAGUGAGAUCUCAGAGUGUCAGCGUUAGUGUUCGAGGGUCUGUGUCUAAUAUUCCACUUGAGGAGAUACCACCUCAGGUUUCCGAUGCCAUUACUGGAAAUGGAGAUGGCGACCAACCUGACACAUCUUUAACACCAUUAGCUGAAACUAAAAUUAGUUCAGAGGGUCAAGCAAGCAACCCAGAGAGUAAUGCCCCAUUUUCUCUGCUACAUGGAUCCUUUGGUUCUUUCUCUCCAAAAUAUAAAUCUAAUCAAUCCAAACCAAGCAGAGCCUGUCAAAACAAGGUGGAAAUGACUGGUUCUCAGUCAGAGAUGGAGAAGCCUCAAACUGAUGGACAAAAAGGUGAAGCCAGUCCUGUGACUGAAAGACUUGUUGAUGAACCAAAGACUAAAGAGGCCUUUAGAGGACAGCAGAGUGUCGUUUGUAACUCAGGGGAAGAAGAUGAGGAGGGAAAAUCAGACGAGGACGCAAAAGAGAGGGGUCAAAAGAAAGAUGCCAAGAACAAAAAGGAAAGAAAGACCUCUCCAGCACAGAACAAGCCAGAGCACUUUGUGUGUCAAGCACCAAAAGGAGAACUUUGCACAGAUAAACCAAAUGUUUCCAAGAAAGGUAGGAGAGGAAAGCAAAACAAACACAGGGCAUCUCAGACAGCCAGUCAUGCUGAUUCUGGCCCUGAAUUUGUUGAUGAUCUAAAGAAACCAUCUGUUCCCUUAAAUACCACAACAGAUGGAAGGUCAACGGAAAUCGCAGACAAUUCUAAAACUAAGAAAGGCCAAAAAGCAAAAAACAAAGAUUCAUCGUCUGACAGUCAGCUGAGGACAUCUGGGAUAGACAAAGCCAGAUCUAGUUCACAGAGGCAUGGGGAUACCAGUCCCAAUCCUGAGGUCAAAAAUUCCACCCAUGGAUACUGUGAAUCAUCCUCACAUACCAAACACAACCUCAACGUUGUGAUGGCAAGGAACCAUGAACUUUAUCAGGCCCAGGAGGUUCUUGAUAACAGACCUGUAUCUGGUCAGAGAGGAAUCACUGUGGACAUUAAUGACAACAACAUAGAUACUGACAACAGUCCACCACCCCAGGAUAUCUUAUCAUGCCCUCUGACUCCACUUUCUUCCUCAGCAUCUCACGUUUCCUCCUCCUCCUCUCUGCCUUGUGCUUCAACGGACCCAGAAGAUGAUCUUCCCACACCAGUGCAGGAAUCCCAACCUGUCCUCUUAGCCCAGCAGCAGUCCUCACUGCCUGUUUGCCACACUACCCCUACACUUUUCUCUAACACCCCCACAACACAACAAGCCACUAAUUCCCAGUUUCUUCCUAACAGCAACCUGCAAGAGGUCACUGUAGUCCUUUAUACAUCUUCUACAUCUACCACAAGUGUCUCUACACCCUCACUCUCCACUGCCUUGCCAUUAAGCCUGUCCCAGCCUACCCAGGAGUCCUCUUCACCUGAGUCUGAGACUGUGGAUUCAGCAUCUAUUCCUGACUCCGUUCCCUGUCCCAAGUCUCAGUCCUACUCAGAGCCUAUUCUCAACAACAAGGCUCACAAACAACUCAAGCCGGAUCACACAUGGAGCACACUGGACAGAUGCAGAGGUCCUAGUUUGGCUGAGGAAGAGACAGAUAGUGAGGAUGAUGGUGGACUGCUGCCACACAGUCACAGAUCCCAGCCCAGAGGAGCUGCACGAAACAGAAAUGGGUCCAUGCAGAAAGAGUCUGGUCAAUCCAACCAACUGGAAAUACAACCUUUCUCUGCCCACCAAAUCAACGACAGGCAGUCAGGCUGUCCAAUAAACCACAGUCGCACGAUUUCUGAGGAGAUCAACCUGUCCUUCAAAAACAACUGCUCCAUACUGACGUCUUGUAAUGAGUCUGAGAGCGAGGGGUCAGUGCCUGAGCUGGAGGAGCCAGAGCCACUAAGACCGUCGGAGCCUCAGUCCAUCUCCUCUGCAGAUGAAGGACUGAACAGACCAAAACAAAGUCGCAGUGAGAAAAAGGCUCGCAAGGCCAUGUCUAAACUGGGUCUGAAGCCGGUCCAUGGGGUGACUAGAAUCACCAUCAGGAAGUCCAAGAGUAUCCUGUUUGUCAUCAGCAGACCUGAUGUGUUCAAAAGCCCCGCUUCUGACAUUUACAUUGUAUUUGGAGAGGCAAAGAUUGAGGACCUGUCUCAGCAGGCUCACAAAGCAGCUGCAGAGAAGUUCAAAGUUCCGGUGACCUCCUCUCCUUUGGCUCCCCCUGUCCCACCAAGCCUCACCAUCAAAGAGGAGAGUGAAGAGGAGGAAGAAGAGGUGGAUGAGGGAGGUCUGGAGCAGAGAGACAUUGAGCUGGUGAUGGCACAGGCCAACGUGUCACGAGCCAAGGCUGUCCGUGCACUGAAACACAACAAGAAUGACAUUGUGAAUGCUAUCAUGGAGCUGACCAUGUAAGUGGCGAGGAGGAUUUGACCCCUGACCCCCUCCCACAGCCUAUAAAGCCUAAACGCCACUGACUCUACUGUAUCGCUGCUACUGUAUGUUGCAUCCCCAGUAUCUGCUAAAUAAAGUCUGUUCCAACGUGG